AUGAGGGCCUCGUUUCCUGCAAAGCGAAACGAGCGCAAUGCCCUUGUCAAACGUGGCGUAGCUAGCAUACGGUUCCACCUUGCACCGCUCAUGUAUUAUACACUCUAUUUCCUCGAAUCAUACGCAUCCGUCCGGCGCGAGCACACACACACCCUCGUACAAAAGUAUGAGGCAGGUCAUCUGCCUGUACCCCUCCCACUCGAGGUACGCCAGAGGAUGUACCGCGAGCUACAAACCCGGAUCCUCCAAAGCCCUCCCUUUACCAACACGGCGGCGCUGGUUGCGACACACCACUGUAUGCAUUUGCUUGUUUCAUACAUACGCUUCGCCAUGUCUCCAGAUGGUCAAACUGAGAUUGAUGACUCGUGGGUUAGCUCGUUGCUCACAUUGGCGCCGUUUGUGCGGAUCGUCGAGUUUUUCUCCGCUGAGAUCGGGGACGGUGGGAACCAGCGAACACAACGCAAGGACUUUAUGUAUAACUUCUAUAAUGAUAUGACGAAGUAUGAAAAGGACCAUAUGAAUUCGGUUGUUUUUGCGCGCGCGUCUGCCCAGAACUUGCAUACUUCGGUGCAAGAUAUCUGGUUUGCUGCUGCUGAAGCUGAGUUGAAAGCCCGGCAAGCCAUACCACACGACGUAGAGCACGUCUGGAUUUGGAAUGGUAUUCCAAUUGUUUUUGGGUGUCCGGAUUGCCAUCCCACGAGAGGAUGGCAGGCAUGA